AUGGCGCAUUCAUGCGUCUUCUCUUCUCUCAGAUUUAAUUCCUCCUCCAUUUCUCUCUCUACGCGAAACCCUAGCUCCUCGUUUUCCUCCUCCUUCAAACCCCUCUCUCCCCCCUUCCAACCCUUUUGCGUCAGGAAAUUGAGAAAAUUAAAUCCCCAGAAAUCUUCAGUGAAGGCCGUCUAUGCUCCGGAGUUCCACGCAUCGGAUUAUAGCUCGAGCCAGGGAAUUUGGUCAAUUAGGGAUGAUUUACAAGUUCCUUCGUCGCCAUACUUCCCAGCAUAUAUGCAAGGGGGACAAGGACCACCUCCGAUGGUUCAGGAGCGUUUCAUGAGUGUUAUAAGCCAGCUUUUUCAAUAUAGGAUAAUACGAUGUGGCGGAGCAGUAGAUGAUGACAUGGCCAACAUUAUUGUAGCUCAGUUACUCUAUCUUGAUGCUGUUGAUCCUACCAAGGAUAUAGUCAUGUACGUGAACUCUCCAGGAGGAUCAGUUACUGCUGGUAUGGCCAUAUUUGAUACAAUGAGGCAUAUCCGACCAGAUGUUUCAACUGUAUGUGUUGGACUUGCAGCUAGCAUGGGGGCUUUUCUACUGAGUGCCGGUACUAAAGGAAAGCGGUAUAGCCUUCCCAACUCAAGGAUAAUGAUCCAUCAGCCUCUUGGUGGAGCUCAAGGUGGGCAGACUGACAUAGAUAUUCAGGCAAAUGAAAUGUUGCAUCAUAAAGCAAACUUAAAUGGUUACCUGGCAUAUCACACUGGUCAAAGCUUGGAGAAGAUAAACCAAGACACUGAUCGUGACUUUUUCAUGAGUGCUAAAGAAGCCAAAGAAUAUGGGCUUAUAGACGAUGAUUCCUCUCUUGGUGUCUCGUUGGUGGUCCCAGCUAGAGGUCUAACAGAAGUUAGUGGUUUUGCCAAUUCGAUAAGUAUGGAUAUACGGAAGUGCUCAUCCGGUGAGUGCAGGUUUUCCAAUCCGGACUCUUGUCAAGAGAAUACUGUGGUGGAGAAAUCUGAAUUGUUCCAAAAUCAACAACCAGAUGAUUGUAAGCAGAAUGAUUUCAGCCACACGAUCAUGCCCUUGGAAGUUCAAUCAAAACUUUCUGAACUUGGUAAAUCCCUUAAGGAUGCUGCACUAUCAUUUUCCUCAGCAUCAGCGGAGCUCCUGCACAAUUACGAAAGGUUUCAAAAUAACAAGUGA